AUGGUGCAGCCACGCAUUUUCUUGCGUUUCGCCUGGGUGGUGUCCGUGUGCGUGCACCAGGUCUGGUCGCGCCGCGUCGCGCAGGCUGAGGAGCAAAUCCUUGCGUCGCACCGGCACGUGCACGAGACGGCUCACCUCGUGGACAAGAAGGAGCAGGAGCUGGAGUCCAUGCAUUUCCCCGGCAAAACAGACCUCGGCGUGGAGAAGGAGCUCUUAGUCCGCGAGUGCGUCGCGGCACGCGCAAUGGAUUGGCCAGAGUUGCACACGCGCCUCGGCCUUAGAAUGCCAGAGAAUAAAAACACGACUGAUUCGCCAAUAGACCUUGUAAUUCAAGUGUUCAAGUUCAAGGAUAAGAUUAAGGCAUCGCAAGCCAAUCACAAACUGAAUUGGUUGUUCAAGGAUGAUGGAACGAAGGCGUGGGAAGCGGAGGAGGAGAAGGCGGCAACGCAGCUCCUUGGCUACCAGUUUGAUUGGCCGAUUCUCAGAAGCCUGGAGGCUGUCAAUGAUCAGCGUACUUCCGCGCGGCGUGGGCAUCCGCAAGUCUCGUUUUGCGUCGCCGUGGAGAAGGAGGCGCAGGAGGAGCAGGAGGAGGACGGACGAGGAGGAGGAGGCUCGGUGGAGUCGCUCCGUCCUUCUUCAUUCCUCGUGGCCGCUGGAUCGCCGAAGGGUGUCGCACGUGAGGCUCGGCGUGCCUGA